AUGUCAGCUUAUACAGCAUUUCCAGGCGAGUCAAAAUUCAAAAAAAUAUGUGCAUUGUCUACUUUAGGGGUUUCCAGAGAUGACGUCAUCAAGUUUUCCAAAGAUUUCAUGGCUGGUGCCACUGCUGCCGCCAUUUCGAAAACAGUUAUUGCUCCAGUAGAAAGAGUCAAACUCAUUCUCCAGGUUAGUUUUGGGAAGUAACUUACAGCGCCCCAAAACAUAUGGGCCGUUGCGCGUGCCGAGCGCGCCCCAGAAUGAAUCGAACAACUACUACUUUAUGCAUGAGACAGGAAGAGCAGAAUGAUUUUUUAAACUUUCUUUUCAAAUUAAACAUUUCAGCUUCAAAAUUCGCAAACAACACUAGCUCAAGAUAAUAGGUAUAAAGGUAUUGUGGACUGCUUCAUCAGAGUUCCCCGAGAACAAGGAUUUCUGUCGUUUUGGAGAGGAAACUGGGUCAACAUAUUAAGAUCAUGCAGUCAAGUGAGUGUCUUUUUGCUUCUUCAUCUUUGAAUGUGUUUUUUUGAGGAGUCAUUAGGGCUUUCAUUCAAAGAAUUCUUCCGAAAGUUCACAACCGACGGAGUUGAUGCUAAAACUCAACACACGAGAUGGUUAAUAGGGAAUCUCGUCGCAGGAGGAAGUUCUGGAUGUGCCACACUUGCAACCAUCUAUCCUCUAGAUUUCAUAAGAACGAGGUUGGCUAUUGACCUCGGCAAACGAAAAUCUGUAGGAUUCCUACUCGUUCACGACAAUAUUCAGUGAGAAGGGGUUUUAGGAUCGUGAGUUUACUGGAAUGUUCGAUUGUGCAAAAAAAAUCAUCAGAUACGACGGAGUAUCUGGACUCUACAAGUAAGUUUUUCGGGAAAUUCUGAACUUGCACUUAUCAACUUCAAAAGUUUAGGGGACUCAUUCCAUCGCUACAGUAUAUGAUUAUAUAUCGAGGUGCCUACUAUGGCUUGUUCGACACAACUGCCCCGUACAUAAAUAGCGACGGAAAGAUGACGUUCACAGAAGCUUUUUUAGUUGGACAGGUAUUAUUUUCCUCUAAUAGGCUUACGAUGUUCAAAUUUAACAUGAUUUCAAAGAUUUCAACCUUUCGCUAUUUCCAAAUAUGUUCAUAUGCAUGGAUAGAUGCAUAAUUUAAGCUUCGAGUGUUUACAACGACCCUACGGUCAAAAAGUCUUAUAAUACAGUACUUACGAUUUAUUGGUUGUUCUUAUUUAGGUUGUAACACUUAUCGCCGCAAUGACAUCUUAUCCACUAGACACGGUUAGAAGAAGACUGAUGAUGGGCGCCGGAAAGGAAUCAAAGGGCCCUUUGCCUUUCAACAACACAAUAUCCUGCAUCAAAGUAAAAAUCUGUCGUUGAAUAGUCCCUUUUCAAAAUCUCCUAUUUCCAGUACAUUUACACGAGAGAAGGACCGAAAGCAUUUUUCAAUGGAGCUCUUGUGAACGCAAUCCGAGGAACUGGCGCCGCCCUGGUCCUGGCAGUCUAUAAUGAGUUUCAGAAGUAUAUGUAA